AUGCAGCAGCCAGGUCCUGCUCUUGACGCCGAUAUGAAUUCGUCCACGCUCAACGCAGCCAAGAACCAGCUCCGGGCCUUGAUGAAGCAGCGUCUGGCCAAUAUCCCAUCCGACUCGGUUACUUCACAAAGUUCCCACGUCUUCAACUCACUCUCACGGUUUGAACCAUACAUCAAUGCAAAGAGAGUUGCGGUCUACCUUUCCAUGCCGCACGGCGAGAUCCAGACGGAUCCCGUCGUGAGGCAUGCUCUGUCAUCUGGCAAGCAGGUUUUCGUCCCUUAUCUGCACAAAUCCGGCCUGCCCCCCGGUGAGGGACCAGCCAGGCUCAUGGACAUGGUGAGUUUGAACGACAUUGCAGACUAUGAGUCGCUUCAGCCCGACAAAUGGGGUAUCCCGAGCGUCGACGCCGCGACCGUCAAUCAGCGGCAGCGCAGCGUCGGCGAGCUUGAUGGUAAUGUCUCGGCCGAUGUUCCGCUUGAUCUAAUUCUAUUGCCCGGCGUCGCCUUCGAUACAGACCCGGAGACGGGCUCUAUCCGCAGGCUUGGCCACGGAAAAGGGUUUUAUGAUUACUUCCUUCACCGAUACGCAUUACGGGCAAACGAGGAGGAAAGGGCUUCUGAUGGUCACCCGGCCAUUCUAUUAUAUGCGCUAGCUUUGCGAGAGCAAUUCCUCCCGCCCUCAUCAGGAGAAUCUGUUCCUGUUGGACCUCAUGAUCAGCCCAUUGACGGGCUCUUCCUUGGAGACGGCGACUUCAAGCAGUCAUCUCAUAGAGCAUAG